AUGGCGCGCUCCGUACAACUUUCCGCCAUGUGGGUCGUGUACAUCGGACUUCGUCUGGAUCUGUGGGAGAAUAGCACAUUGCUUAAAAUGGACAUAAAUGGAGAGUCCAGAAGUACCAUAUCUACCCUCCCUGUACCUCUUACAGAGGUCAGUUCUGCAGGCAAAACAGAAGCAGAGAAACCACGAUGUUCCAGUACCCCCUGCUCACCAAUGCGACGGACAUUUUCAGGCUAUCAGAUCCUUCGUAUGGAUUCUAACUACCUGGUUGGCUUCACGACUGGAGAGGAGCUGCUAAAAUUAGCCCAAAAGUAUACAGGAAAUGAAGUUAAUAAAGGGGAAUCCAGGCCUAACUUGCACUCUAAACAGUUUGAUUCAGGACUUGCACGUUCCUCCCGUUUGUACAAAACUAGAAGUAGGUACUAUCAGCCAUAUGAGAUCCCAGCAGUAAACGGGAGGAGGAGGAGACGGAUGCCCAGCUCAGGGGAUAAAUGCACUAAGGCUUUACCAUAUGAACCUUACAAGGCACUUCAUGGUCCCCUGCCUCUUUGCCUUUUAAAAGGUAAAAGGGCUCACUCUAAAUCCCUGGACUACCUCAAUUUAGACAAAAUGAGCAUCGAGGAACCUGCUGACACAGACAUGCUACAAUACCAGCUCCAACACCUUACCCUUAGAGGGGACCAUAUGUUUGCAAGAAAUAACACAUGAACUAUGAACUAUAAUCUAGAAUUUAGAACCAGUUUCUGGUUAUUUCUCUGUUGCU